AUGGUUUCUCAAGAAUUUACUGAUAAAGUAUGUAUAAAUGCGUAUAUUAGAAGAGUCGAACCUGGUUUCCACCAGAAUUGAGAUCGAGAUGACGAGGUGUGGACGAGUUAGUGGAAUCAAUCUGCCAGAUGUUCGCUUUUUGGGGCAACGUAGCACUAACUGGGGAGAGAGAUAUGUGGGUCAGGAUGAGCUAUUUUAAUCAAACGGGGCACAAUUGGUCGUCGGAGAUAGCAUGUAUAAUAUUUGGGGAUUUACUAACUAUAAUAGGCUGAUGCGGUCCAAAAGUUGACCAAGCGUCCUUCCGACGACGAAUUGUUGGACUUGUACGGAUUGUACAAGCAAGCCACCGUUGGUGAUAAUGACACCGCUGAACCAGGUAUGUUCAACUUGAAGGGCAAGUACAAGUGGAAAGCAUGGGACCAAUUAAAGGGUACUUCCCAAGAAGAUGCCGAACAGCAAUACAUCAAGUUUGCUGACGAAUUAUUGGCUAAGUACCAAUAG